AUGGACGUAAAGAACUCCCUGUCCCAAUAUGCUGACGACUCCUCCACAUGGCGUUCAGGCAAGUCCAUUACUAAAAUUAACAGGGAGUUACAGGCUCAGUUGGAUAAAAUGAUGGAGUGGAUGAACCAAUGGGGUUUCAAGAUAAACGCAGCCAAAACAGUGGGAAUGGUCUUCACUCACAAAAAAUCACGCACCAUCACCAAACAGGUCUCACUAAAAAUUAACAAUACAGUCAUAAAAAUAGCCCAGGCCACAAGGUUCCUAGGAGUCACCCUUGACCCCAUGCUGACCUGGAACACACAUAUAGAAGGCAUAGCACAAAGCUGCAAGGGUAUGCUCAAUAUGAUGAGAUACCUAAAAGGUCACAGCUGGGGUGCCAGGACUGAGUGCCUGUUAACCUUCUACAAAUCGUUUGUAAGGGGCAAAAUAGACUAUGCCAGCAUAGUCUAUGACUCGGCAUCAAACUACACAAAAAAAACCCUCGACAAAAUACAGAACCAGGCCCUUAACAUAAUUGCCGGUUGCAAUAGUAGUACUUCCAAAGAAGCCCUAGAGGUCCUCCUGGGAGUAAUCCCCCUCUCACUCCGCAGGAAGGAACUCAGGCUAAACUACUGGGCCAAAGUAAAACAUCAAAACCACCCAACCUCAGCGGCCUUCCUACCAGUGCUACCCAGGGCAUGGGGAAUCCCCAUUGGGAAAUUCAGCCCCCCCGCCAGCUGGAAAACACCGGGGGAACUGGAAUCCUGCAACCAAACCUCAAUCGCGGAUCAAAACUUAGUCAUCCACAAACCUAUAGUACCCCCGUGGGAACUGACAACCCCAUCAUUACACACAGACCUGCACAAUCAGAUAAAUAAAAAAGAGGACCCAGUAAUGGCCCGUAUUGAGGCUUCAAAUGAGAUAGAAAGGAUAACAACCAAUAGCCUAACCAUCUACACAGACGGAUCAAAAAUAAACGAGAAAGUGGGAGCAGGGUUCCACAUCCCCCACCUCAACCACUCCAAAAGCUUUAGGCUGACAGACGGCGCCUCCAUUUUCACUGCCGAACUAACGGCCAUCCUUAUGGCCCUCGAGUACACCCCAACAACCCCACACACCAGCAUCAGCAUAUUAUCCGACUCCCUGUCAGCAUUACAGGCCAUUAAAGGGGGAGAAUGCUGCAGGGAAGACAUUGUAGAAGAAAUUCUUCAUAAAUGCUCCGAGUGGAAACAAAGGGGUCGCUCGGUGCAAAUGAUCUGGAUUCCCUCCCAUAUCGGCAUACAAGGCAACGAGAAUGCCGACAAAGCUGCUAAAAAGGGAGUGGAAUCCAGAGCUAUUGUGAAAACGGGAAUAGGCUAUUCCGAAAUGAAGGCUACUAUAAAGAAACAAAUAAAAGAAGAAUGGAUUCAAAAAUGGAACGCAAGCGACAAGGGUAGGCACGCCCACAACAUACUACGUCCACCCGACGGGAGACUGCAAGUUACAGAAGACCAACGGCCACCCAUUAAUAAAAAAAUUACAAGGCUGCGUCUAGGUUCAGCCUCCUUCAUUCACACAAAGAAAUGGUGCCACACCUGCAAUGAAAUAAACACAAUAGACCACUACCUAAUACACUGUAAGGCAUACAACAAUCAAAGAAAAGAACUCAUCAACUACUUCCAGAUAAACAAAAACACAUUACUAACAACAGAAACAUUACUGGCUAUGGACGCCCCAUCCACUCUGCUUAGCCUGGUACCACAACUCAGCCGGCCCAAAGGCCCUACCAUCAGGGGUGGACUGGCUAUGUCCAAGUGGCACAAGGGGGAAAGCUGCCCCUCUGACUUAAUUUUUGUUGUACAUUCUUUCCUCAUCCAAGCAUGA